UAGAGAUAACGAGGCAGACACCAUCAGCUGAUGGAAUUUUCAAUCAGCUGAUUCACAUUAUAGUUCCUGGUUUGAUAUCAGGUGAGAUAGCAGUCGUCAGCAGCGGGGCUUGGUUAGUCUGGCACAGGUGUGGUGCGAGCGAGACGUGAGUGGCAUGGCGAGAUGGUAAAGGAGGUGGGCGAGGCGGGUCCUGAGGUGCUGCUGCUGUACGCCUCGCAGACUGGCAACGCCCAGGCCAUCGCCGAGGACCUGAGCGAGCAGCUGGGCGGCGCGGGCAUCAGGGCAGAGCUGAGGUGCUGCAGCCAGCGGGGCGCGGCGGACGCCCUGCACCAGGUGUCAUGCCUCGUGCUCGUGGCCUCCACCACAGGUGAUGGUGACCCCCCUGAGUCAGCCCACAAACUCUGGAAGCAGUUGAGGAAGUGGUCUGGGGAGCCUCUCAGCCACCUCCACUACACAGUGUUGGGGCUUGGAGACACCAACUACACCAAUUUCUGUAACUUUGGGAAGACUGUGGACAAGCAGCUGGAGGUUCUAGGAGCACAAAGGUUCUACAGGUGUGGGUGGGCAGACGACGGCACAGGUCUGGAGGAGGUGGUGGAGCCCUGGUGCGAGGGCCUCCAGGCUGCCCUCAAGGCCUGCCUCUCCAUGCUACCUUCCACACCAUCAAGCAGUCUAGGUGUCCCUCACCUUGACACACAAAGCACAGAGGAUGGACCACACAGAGGGGACAGCUUACAGAGUGUAUCAAGGACUGAUCAGAACUCUGAGGAACCUAAUAAUCCUCAGAGAUGCUGGAAAUCUGUGCAUGAGGACAGCAGAACUUCUAACAUGGCGUUCACUUCUCAGAAUGAGGACGUGGUGUCCAAGAUCAUUACUCACUACAAUAUUGACAUAUUGCCACAGUGUGAAGUGGAAUAUUUGCCUCUCAGGUGUUGUGCUUUUGUUCAGGAUCAUCCACUCUCCCUUCCUUCUCUACCUACACCAUACCUCACCCUGACCCACACAAAAGACUGUGAAGAGUCUCCACUCACAUCAAGUCAAGCUGCAGUACCUGCAGCUGCAUCAGAAGUGGUGAAGGCACAAGUCAGUAAGAUAAGGAAACUAACACACUCCAGUGCUCUCAAGACUACUCUUGAAUUUACCCUGGAAUUGAAUGACGCAGAAUUUCAUUAUCAUCCAGGAGACUCAAUUGGGAUCCUUGUAAGGAAUCCACCAGAGGAGGUGGAACUUCUUUUAGGGCUUCUGGGGCUAAGUGAAAUAGCAGAUAAAACGUGUAAGCUCUCCAUAACUCCAGGUACUAAGAAAAGAGCAGCUGCAGUGCCAAACUUUCUCCCUCUCACAAGCUGCCUGAGACACUUGUUCGAGUGCUGUGUGGAUAUCAGGGCUGUGCCAAAGAAGCCCUUUUUACGUGCCUUAGCUGAAUACACCUCUGAGCCAAGUGAGAAGAGGAGACUGUUGGAGUUAGUGAGCAAGGAAGGAACUGGUGAGUACACCUGUCAUGUGAGGGAGGCUGGCCUUUCCACUCUAGAUCUGCUGACAUUUUUCAAAUCAUGCCGUCCGCCUGCUACCACCUUGCUGGAACACUUGCCCCGCCUCCUUCCCCGUCCUUAUUCGACUGCUUCCUCCCCUCUUGCCACUCCUAACCAAAUUAGCUUUGCCUUCAAUGUGGUACAAAUUCCUCGGGGAAAGUAUGUGGCCUUUUCAAGACAAGGAGUGUGUACUGGUUGGCUGGCCUCAAUGUCAUCUAGCAGCAGUAAGGAUACUGAACAAAACCCUUCAGGCCCUGAUGAUAUCAAGGAUGUGGAGCAGGCCCUGGACAACCUUACCCUAGCGAGUCCUAAAGAUAUUUCUCUUGAUAUAUACCUCAGGACCAAUCAAGGCUUUAGGCCACCUACAGAUCCCACCAUCCCUGUUGUGAUGGUAGGCCCAGGAACAGGAGUUGCCCCUUUUGUAGGUUUUCUGAGGCACCGGCAACAUAGUGAGGUGGGCUCAGGUGAGUGGUGGCUCUUCUAUGGGUGCCGCCAAAAAGACAAAGAUUUCCUCUAUCAAGAAGAACUCCACGAACUGAUGGAAGAAGGUGUGUUGACCCACUUGGUUGUAAGCUACUCCAGAGAAGGUGAUGGCCCUAAAUAUGUUCAGGAUAAUAUAAUCAAACAUGGAGCCAAACUGGCCCCUCUGAUGGACAAAGUUAUUGUGUAUGUGUGCGGUGAUGCACGUAAUAUGGCCAAGGAAGUGUUUGAGGCUUUUGUGUCUGUGUUGAUUGACCAUAACAAAUUAACAGAGACUGAGGCAAGAAAGAUGAUAGCCAAGAUGCAACUAGAUAAGAGGUAUCUACAAGAUGUUUGGACGUAACACUAUUUUUAUUAUUGUUGUUGAAUAUAUCUUUUUAUCAUUAAAGUGUGCUUUUCCAAAAUUAAUAAUUAAAAAUUGUUUUAACACAUUUUGUAAAUAAAUAUGUGCAGUACU